CGUGUGCGCACCGCGCCCAACCGAGGCUGAGGAGAAGGCGGCGCGUGGCACCAGAGGCGCGGGGUCUCGAGAGCGGCGCGCGGUCUCCUCUUCGGCCAGCCAUGGCUCCGCGCGGACUGGCCCCGACGCCCGCCUCACGCUUUCCCUCCCUCUCCGUGGCGACACCUGAGGCGGCCGGCAAGCUCUUCUCCUCCGAAAGCGAGUAUCCUGAUGUCUUGUUAAGCCAUAACUUAAGAAGUACGACAAAUACACCUGGAACUUCAGAAGGUAGCGCACAUCCUGAGUAUAUAGCUUUUUUGCUGAUUCCUGUCUUCUUCCUAAUGGGUCUCCUGGGGAUUUUGAUCUGUCAUAUACUAAAGAAGAAAGGAUAUCGUUGUACAACAGAAGCUGAGCAAGAAGUGGAGAAGCUUCAAGAAAAGAUAGAACUGAAUGAAAGUACAAAUGAUAAUAGUGACACUGUGGGGCAAAUCGUUGACUACAUUAUGAGAAAUGAAGCUAAUGCUGAUGUGUUGAAGGCCAUGGUGGCAGACAACUCUGUAUUUGACCCAGAAAGCCCAACUAGUCCAGGUAGCCCAACUACCCCAGGUAGCCCUACAACUCCAGUUUCUCCUGUCUCACCUGGAGGGUCAAAACAUACCUGUCGAGGCCGUCAUUUGCAUACUGUUGGUGGAGUUGCAGGGACAGGUGCCUGUACUCGCUGCAAUCAGAAAAGAUGGCAUAUUUUCAGUCCAUCAAAGAAAUCUAAAGAAGUAAGAAGAGGUCGGCAUGGAGAAGUCACUGUGCUCUCUGUGGGAAGAUUUAGAGUCACAAAGGUGGAACAUAAAUCUGCUUCAAAGGAGCGCCAAAACUUGGUGUCUGUCAGCGGUGGAGAAGGUGUUAGUGGUGGAACACCAGCGACUCCUGUCAAAGAAUGCCCUAAAGGAGUGACAGUUACACCUGCUGGGAAACGGGGAUCCAAAGAACUGCGUUGCACUCCUCCCCAGCAAGAACAGAGAGCAAGAUCUGGUUCAGAAUAACAGAUAGAGGCUUUUCGAAAAAGCACAGACAAUGUAUUUGGAAAAAUGCCAACCUUGGACACUAAUAUCUCACCAAAGACUUAUUUGGGAAUGCAGUCCUGCUGUGCAUUGCUUACAUGAUUGAAUUUAUGUGUGGUUGCAUCCCAGAUAUUUAACAUUUUUUUUAGUAACUGAAAACAAUGAUAUUUUAGCAAUCGGAUUACUGUGUUAUAUGGUCAGCAGUUUUAUAUUUAAAUUAUAAUACAUUUCCACUUUUAAUAAGGGGGGAUUUAAUGAUUUUUUUUUUAAUGGAAAAAACAAAGGUCAGGUUACCAAAAUACUGUUGCAUUAUGUUGUAUUACAUUUUUAGAGGACUGAAGUUGGAUAUAUUGCCCCUUUUUGGGAACGAAUUGGAGGAGACCAAAGUUCUGAACCAUAUUUUGGACUUAAUUUAUUAUUAAGAUAACAGUGAUGGGUAAAUCAAGCACUACUUAAUUAUAUUUCCUCUGUAUACUUUCCGUAGUUACUAUUUUGUGUUCAAAGCAAUAUGUGCAGCCUAUUGUUUGCUCUUGAGACCACAAUAUAUUCAUGGUUGCUGAAGUAUUAGAUACUGAUGCAAUCUCAAAGCAGCCUAUUUAGCUUUGCUGACUUUUCAAUGAGUAACUGUGGAACCAAUUUAUGAUUUUGUUUGUGUGUGUGUGCAUGUGUUGAUCUGAGCGUCUUAAUUUUGGGGACUGGUGAUUCCUUCAGCUAAAUUGUGAAGACAACCUUCUGAGUUCUCUGAGAUAUUGCAACCUUUGGAGAAUUUCAGAAGUUUGUUAAUUAUGAGCUCGAGAUGCAAGUGAGAAAAACACUGUUCAUAACAUUAUGUUGUCAUGACCCGAGAGAUUGUGAGCUAUGCUAGAGCCAAUUGAUUUCCAGUAUAACUCUUUUGUAUAUUUAAUAAUCUUUGUAUUUUCAGUUUAGCAGAAAUUAACGACUUGAGCAUAUGAAAAUUUGGGUGAAGUAUAGGAAAAUGGAAACAUGUUUGUUUUUCAUCAAAAGUGCAGGAGGAAAUAUUUAAAGGGCAAGUUUUGUAAGUGAUUAAUCUGACCAAAAUCCCUCUUAUUCAAAAAUUUUGAAAUAUAAAUCAGUAUUUUUCAUUCAAUGCAAAUUGUGUGGGCCUUGAAACCAAAAACUUUAUCAGAAUGUCAAUCCAUUUUAGAUUGCUUGCUUGAUAAGAGAAAAUAUAUUCCAGAACCUCACCUAAAAAAUAAUACAUCUUGAUAUCAUAUAUACUUUUUUUUGGAAGAAUAGCAGCUAAGCAUUUGGUGACACUAAGCAUGUUCGGUUCUCAUUGAUCUGUUUUGGGCAUUUUUGUUUAGUAUUUUUUCUAAAUACCUUUGUUGUACUUCUGGAAAGCUUCAGAUUCCCAGCAGCCUCCAAAUACUACACUUUUAUGGGUAGAUGGUAUUAUUUUGUUUAUGUAAUUCUGACCUUUGUAUCUAGAUGACCUUUGUAUAUGAUGACCUUUGUAUAGUCACAGCUAAGUUCUUCUAUUGAUUUCAGUGAGACUUAAGCCCAAGUCCUACUCAUGCAUAUGUGAUCCCUGAUUGACUAAAACUAUAUAAUUGACUUGAAAAAUUCAAUGUUAGACAUAUUACAGGAUUUUUUUAUAAUUGUGAAAUACAUUUUAAAGAUAUAAGGGGAACUGGGAAAGCUAUUAUCCCUAGAAAGCACUGCUUCUGUGAUAGAGGCCAACAGUUAGUCAUGAAUCUUUUAUCACACUUUUGUGCUACACAAAGCAUAAUGGAUGUAAAAGCUGCAACUCGUACUCUAGAGGCCAGUCUUUGUGUGUAAAGAAGGUUAUUUUGGUGCAAUCCUGUCUGUAUAAUGAAAUGUGUCAGUGGAUGAAACUUUGUUUGAAGCACCUGAUUUAUCUAGCAUUCCAGGACCCCCUUGUAAAAUCUAUGAUCAGCUUAGCUAGAUGAAACUGCACUGACCAUCUGUUCGAGUCGUUUCCGUGCAUAAAUCAUGUAUAUACCUUUUUAUCCUGUUGACAGAGCAGAUUGUGGAAGUGGUGUUCAUAUGCCUCAAAUGAGUAUAUCAUGGUUGUCUUAUAACACAAGCUACUGUAUAUUGUAUGACGUGUGACUUGCCAUAGUAAAGACAAAGCUCCCUUUUUACAAGCAUGUGCAUUAAAUGUAUUUUAACAAUACGGUUUGUAUGAAUAUUUUCUACAACUUGAAAAAUAAAAAUGACAAGCCCCUUUUUAAA